AUGGGAGUAGAUUUAGACGAACUUAUAUUACGUUGUUUAUUUGAGAAGCAAGUGGAAAGUUCCGAGAUGCCGCCCUUUCAACCUGUGGAUGAGAGCAAAAAAACAAAUGAAGUUCUUGCCAAAGAUGAAGGUGAAACAGGUGUAAAUGUCACGGAAAGUGAUACCAAAAAUGUUGCUUUGAGAGAAGAUACAGAAGGGACACUUCAGAGCAAUGAGACAUUCCGCUCAGUCGAUGAUGCAAUACUGAAUGUUACGAAAGUUGAAUCGGUGGAGCUAUUAAAUGUAAUUCGAGCACAUGACGUAAAUGGGACUGAAGAAACUCCGAAAAUAGGGCUUGAUAAACCUGAAAAACCUAGCGAUGAAUCUAGAGAUGCAAUUCCAAAGGAACCGGAAUUGGACGAGAAAAUAGACAAGGUGCUUUUCUCUACUCCAGAAAGCGGAAAAGCUGAAGACAGCUCAGUAAAGGAGGAGGAUUACACACCACUGGAGAAGAAACUUGAUGAUUUGAAAGCCGAAACUAAAGACGUUAGCAAAUCGUCCUGA